AUGUCGGCCGCCAAGCACCGGGGCCCGAAGGGGGGCAGCCCGCCUGCCGCCGCCAGCGAGCGGGGCGCGCAGCCCAGCGGCGCCGAGGAGGCGGCGGCCAAGAAGCCGGCGGCGGCGGCGGUGCACGGCCGGGGCGGCAGGGCCGCCGCGGGGGACCGGGGGGGCCGUUCCGGCGCUGGGCCCCGCCGCGGCUGGGCGCUGGUGCUGGGCGCCGCGGUGGUGCUGGGCGCCGCGCUGCCUGCGGGCUGGUACGUGCGGCAGCUGCGGGAGGAGGUCGGGCGGAGCGCCCUGGAGAGGGAAGCCUCCGGCCGGCAGCGGCAGGAGCUGGCCGCCACCCUGGACGCCGUGGUGCAGAAGGUGCGUUCCCUUCAAGCCACAUUUGGAGAAUUUGAAUCCAUGAUGAAAAUUACUCAGCAGAAGCAGGAGGUUACCGAGAAGGCUGUUAAACAAGGGGAGAGUGAAAUAAACCGGAUCAGUGAAGUGCUUCAGAAGCUGCAAAAUGAAAUUUUGAAAGACUUAUCUGAUGGCAUCCACAUGGUGAAGGAUGCAAGGGAACGAGACUUCACAUCUCUGGAAAACACAGUGGAAGAGAGACUAACAGAGCUAACCAGGUCUAUAAAUGAUAACAUUGCUGUAUUCACUGAAGUCCAGCAAAGGAGCCAAGAUGAAAUAAACAAUAUGAAAGCAAAGGUUGAUUCACUAGGAGAAGCAAAUGUGUAUAAACAUGAAAUUAAGGUGCUAAAAGAUGCUUUUGAUGAGAUGCAAGUUUCCAUGAAAACCAAAGAAAAGGACAUAGAGGAGUUGAAGAGUACAAUAGACUCCAUGGAGUCUGAUGUGUAUACUGAAGUGAAAGAGCUAGUCAACCUCAGACAAGAACAUGAGAAAUUCAAAGAGGCUGCAGACACUGAACACCUUUCACUAAAGGCUUUACAAGAGAAGGUUCUGAGAGCUGAGGAUUCUAUUAUGCAGCUGCCUGGUGACAUUAAAAGGCUUGAUGAAGAUUUACUACAAGUGAAAGCCAAUCUUAACAAAUGGGAAGAAAAUGAACUCUUCAGAAAAGCAUUGGAAACUUUUGGGAAGAACACUGAAGGACUGGAGUCUCGAUUGAGGCACAUAGAAGACAGCCUGGAGUCUCUAACUUCUGUUGCUGCUCAAAACAGUGAAAAAUUACAAUCUUUCCUCUCUAACGAGGGAGAAUACAAGAAUAAGCUCAGUACCCUAGAACAACACAUUACUGUUCUUCAGGGAAACUCAGAUACGGAUGUAACCUCAGUCACUGAUGUUUUGAAAAAUCUUGGUGAAUCACAGACCUCACUGUACAAUGACUUGGAGAACUUGAGGAGAAGCAUAAGUGACCUGCCAUCCUCUGGUGCUCUUCAAGAUAUCCAGAAGCAAAUUAGUACUUUGUUGGAUCAAGGAAAUGUUCAGAUGAGUCAAGCACAUUCUCAAGACUACCUUGAAAAAUUUUCUUCUGUGGAGGGCUCAGUAGAUGAGCUGAGAUCUUCUGUCAGCCAGGUUGAUUCCGAUUUGAAAAUGAUAAGAACUGCAGUGGAUAGUUUAGUCUCCUACUCAGUGAAAAUUGAAAAUAAUGAGAACAACUUGGAGUCUGUGAAGAGCUCAAUAGAUGACCUGAGGAAUGAUCUGGAAAGGUUGUUUGUGAAAGUAGAAAAAAUACAUGAAAAAGUUUAGGCAGCAGUGCUCCUUGUGCAAAUAAUGGGUUAAGGAGAAUGGCUUUUGUAUGCCCAAUUUUUUACUCUUUUUAAAAGCAAUUUGAUACCUCCAAAGAGAGUAAGAAUACUUUAAUACGGACAGUUCUGCUUAUUUCCUUUAUUUCUCUUUUGUGUAGUGUCUGUUGGUUUUUGUUUGGUUUGUUGGUUUUUUCAAUUGUGUUUAAGAAAACAUGAGUUUGUUGGGGGUUGAGUUUCUAAGGGCUCAUCUUCUCUAUAAAGCUGUAUGGCUGUAACUGUAGUGGUGUAACUAAGGCACUACAGCCAUGUUAGCAUGGGCACAUACUUAAUGGCAUGAAGGUGUUUCACACAAUGACACUAGAUAUCUCACACAGAAGGGCCACAGCUGUCCUGGUACAAAAACCAUGCUGCUGUACACACUGAGAAUGUUACUGGUAUGUUUUGGUUUAAGAAAUAAAUGAACAAAACUACACCCCUAUCUUAAACUGUUCAGACCAGUAAACUUAAGUGUGUACCAGGUUUGAAACAACUCAUCUGUUUCUGCAGUUUGGGACUCAGCCAUGUAGUCAGUUUAGGAGGUGUCAGCUGACCUGUAGUGUAUUUCUGUGAGUCUUUAAUCUGUACCAAGAAGAUAACAAGGGGAUAACUGAACCCCCUGAAGGGAAGGUUUAAGAUAAGUGGGCACUGCUUGGUGCUAAGACUGAUGUUCCACCAUGUGGCUGAAAAGAUUCAUUCUUUGUGAUCACAAGCUUAUUUCCCAGCAUCUUCAGCGGCUGGUGUAGAAAACCAGUGCUUUGAAGGGACAUCUGAAGGAUGGGAUUAGCUUCAAGAGGGUAUAGUAAUAUUUUUCUCUAAUUUUCUGGCUGUUUGUAUGAAGAAGCUGUGUCUUUCCUGGAAAGGUCUAAUGUCUAUAAUACAGGAUUUUCUGUAAAAAUGAUCACAAAUUUGAAUGAGGAAAGAGAAGGACUAAAUUUGCACCUCUCAUGUUCCAUUUAUAGAAAGCAUGCUGAUGAUAAUGGUACACUCCAAAAAACACAUGGGGGAAAAUCACCAUGAAAUCGGCAGAAUUGCUUCUAGGGCAUAUACAUUUCCAAGUUUUCACACAGCUGACAGUGACCUGAACUCCUGUUACAUACUCAGGACUUGGUGCCUGGUUCUUGUCACCAUUGUUGUCACUGGGUAUCUGGGGCACUGGUAGCAAAGGAUCCUUCUAGGAAAUGGUUGAGAGUGAGAAAAAAGUGUUGUAGUUCUCUAGAUGUUCAUUUAAGAAACACUUUCUCAUGGAGCUUUCCUGGUUUUCUGGUUUUGGAAAGGAUUUCUAAUAUCCCUUCUUUUCAGGUUUACCUCUGAACUUUAUCCAAAGAUUUGGUAAAGGGGUUUGCACAUCAUGUCCACCUCAGCCUGCACUGACCAGAUCCUGGGCUAUGUUGGAAGAAGAAUUCCUAGAAACAGCACCUCCCAGAGGUGGUCUGCCUGCAGGAACGGUGCAGGUGAAAAGGAGUUCUUGGUGAAUAAGAUACUGAACCAUAUCUCGUGUUGUUCCCACUGUAAGCAGGAAAGAAUUGAUAGCAAAGAAAGAGUGACCCAUGGCAUUAAAGUAACUUGUCACUGUUGUAACCGCACUGUUCUUUGUUAACUUCUCAAGUUCUUGAACAAUGUUGUUUAGGUUACUGUGAAAUGAACUGUAUGGCUUAUUUGCGGUAUUUUUAAUACAUAAUAAACAUUUGGAAUAU